UAUGGAUUCAAUUACUUAAGUUAUUUUGUAUUAUAUUCCCGUUUGAACAGAUGUAGUCAUUUUCUUGUAUUGAACAUUGUGUACUUAUUGAUUAACUAAUCACGACAGUGGAAACGUGCAAUUUUUCCUUAAUAGAGUUUUAUAUAUACAGGUUACGGUAUAAAACAGGGGUGGGGAUACAAGGUGUUAGUAAAGAUGAAAAAAAGGGAUAAAUCGAUAUAUUUUUAAAAUAGAGGUGAUCGAGUUGUUCUUAUUAAUUAUGGAAUGUCGAGGAAGAACAAAGGCAAUAACCUGUAGGAGGAAUACCAUAUACAAAAGGUGUGUGACAAUGAUAGGAUUUCUGCUUAUAGUUGGAGUUUUAUCCUCAGCAGAAGGCACAACAUACGUUUUCGUCGAACCAAAUGAAGUAUGUCCGUAUAUAAAUUUCUAUAAACAUGCCAGCGACAGACUUGACCGCGCAUGUCUGCCCGGAGAUUAUAAUCUUAACAUCUUUGAAAAAUAUGGCUACAAAGAUGAUGGCAUACCCAGCUCAUUAGACCACUUCAAUCCUCUGAUAUUACACGAAUCAUCCGUUAUCAGGUACAUUGAUGACAAUGGCAACUUCAUGUAUUUGGGCAAUGGAACUUUUGGUAAUGUUUACCUUGGAGAAAUGAAAGGAUCGGGGAAACCCGCAGUUAUAAAGCAAUUUACCGAGGAGACCCAGUUAGACGCUAUCGACAGAGAAGCGAGAAUUCUCAUGUAUCUGGAAGACACGGGUGUAUUUCCCAAGUUUUACGGUUAUAUACCAUGCGGAAGUCAUGUCAACAAUAUCUCUAUGGUGAUGGAAUACUUACCUAAUAGUGAGACGAUAUAUGCGACGACUGAUAACGACGCAAUAACAAUUUAUCAAUGGCUUCUGAUCGUCGAGCAGAUGACACGAGCCUUAAAAUUAAUGCACUCAAAAUUUAUUCUACACAACGACUUGCACACAGACAAUGUUCUAAUUAUGUGGAAUGGAACAAACCCAGUUGUUCGCUUAAUUGAUACCGGAUAUGCUACUUUUCGAUAUGGACAAUUUCAAGGAAUUUCUCCGAAAAAACUACACAAGUAUCCCAUUUUCCCACCCGAUGCUAUUAAUGAAGAGAGCAACCCUUCAAUGGAUAUCUACGCCAUGGGUUUCUCUAUCAGUGAGAUUAACAAAGGCCUGAAAAAUGACGACCUUAAGAGUCUAGCUGAAUACUGUUAUCAACGAAUUCCUGAAAAUCGACCCACUACUGAUCAGAUAUUAUACAGGCUAGAACAAUUAAAAAAGAAAUACAGCAACGAGUCAGGCAUAGGAUAUAAAAAAUUAAUGCAUGGUGAACUAUUAUCAUCUGAAAAAUACCAACAAUAUGUUACAGCGCCACUACCCAUGAUUAUGAUAGAUGAGUUAUCCCCCCUACCGGAUAUAGAUGACGAGCAAUGGCUGACUAUGUACGCGGAUUAUUGUUCUUAUGUCGGUACCUAUAAACACAAAGAAGUGAUAAUUCGUCUAUAUCAUGGUCGGGAGUACCAGAAUGUUCGAAAUGAAAUUGCUUUAACAAAGUUUGCAAGUUCGAUUGGCAUUGCUCCUCACUUUUACGGCAUUACUUUUCAUGGGACUAACAUGACCUCUGCAGGAUUUGUGCAGGAAUACGUCAGAGAUAGUAUGACGUUAAUAGAAGCUUUCAGAACAGAACGCUCCAAGUGGGUGGAUAAAUAUCGUUUAAAUAUAGCAUGUAAACUUAUAAAAUCUAUCCGCAUGUUUCACGACGAGCACAUUCUGAUAAAUAAUAUUAAAUCAUCCACUAUUUUAUACAGUGAAAACGGCACUGAGCCGGUUAUAUUACUGACAAGCUUUGAAACUUGCAGUGAUUCAAGUGGUCUUUAUACAGAAAAUUCUAUUUAUUCAGCGCCUGAAACUAAGAAAGACAAUCCCACAACAUUCGCUUCUGACGUGUAUAGCCUGGGAGUUGUGCUUCAAUUGUUAUUUCAAAAUUCAAAUUUAACAGGUGUCAUGGAAACCAUAAAUACGUGCCUACAUGUGAAUGCGGAACUACGGCCAACGGUACAGCAGUUGUAUUUAACAAUGUGUGGUGGUGACAUCAUGGAAUCAUUUUGUCACGAUGAACUUUGACCUUGUUUUUUUAAUAUGGCACCUAAAAUAUAAUGUUUUCCCCGAUAUCAAGUAAGAAUCUAAAUGCCCAUGUCGGGACAAUGUGACGAAUUCAUAAGUCUAUGUGCAAAUCUUGAACUAACCAAACUGAUUAAAACACAGAUCCUAUUACGUUUCGUUUGUUAUAGUUCAAAAUAUUGUUUUACUUGUCUUUACUACACUAGGAUUUGGAAGAGUUGAUAUCAUUGACGUGUUCUGGGUGAUGUGAGGGAUUAGCCAAUGAAACGGUCUGUUACGGCAAAUUCUUGUUGUGCGGUGCACGGAACGGUGGGUAAACCACUAGAAACGUCAACACUGAUUGAUUAAUUAAUGUCUGACGUCAUAGGGUCAAAAGUCUCUCGCAUGACCUCCCACUACAACCGGUCAGAUCUUCAUCUAGGGUAGGUCAUCGAAAGUAUAGACAAACGAAACGAAAUAUAGAUCUGUAUUUUAAUCAGAUUGUUAAACAUACAUUAUAAAAGAGGUAAAUUUGCCUAUUGCAGGUCUUUCUUUAGGCCUGAAAUGCUUUCUAAAUUAUUAAUUAGACAUUAAUUAACUUAUCCAGGCCAUAAUCAACUCUCGAUGGCAUCUGAUUUCUCCGAUAUUAAAUAGGUUAGAACAGUUCAGCCAUAUUUCUGAUUUAAGCUAAAAAUGGAGGAGCGAAACUUAGCUUUGAACAACUUUUACGGUGGAUGAAAUUAUUGCACACGUCUUGUCAAACCCUCAAAGGCUAAUAUCUUCGCUCGCAAUAGAGUAAUUUGAAUGACGUUUUCAAAUUAUUCAUUUUACAUUAUCUAUUUUCAAACUAUUACAGCAAGAAUGGCUAGCUCUUUAUCUAAAUCUUACAUAAUGUAUCUUUAACUAAGCGGUGUUUCCAGUUGAAUUUGUUUGGGAAAAUGUAUAAUAAUAUGUGCAAAAUAGACUAGGAAAAAUAAUGACGUUGAUCUCUGUUUCCAAUAUGUGGCUUUUAUUUAUGUAUUGAUCAAUUGAGCUUUGUAAUAUUGUGAAUGGUUUGAGAAAAAUCGAAGAAAGCUGGCAAUUUUAUCAAAGAAACAAUUUACAUAUAGUAUCGCGAAAUCAAAUAUAUUAUUAAACUAUGCUGAAUGCAA